CGAUGCCGUCGGGAUGAGCCGGGACGUGCGGGUUAAUUGGCAGCGCUGAGCAGCUUCAUCUCGAGCUUUCCGCUCUUAAGCAUCUCGGCCAAAGCUGCUCCGUGCCAGGGGUCUUGUGCUUUGUCUGUUGCCAUCAGGUCCGAGAGGCUCUGGUACAAUGAGCUGCUUGUCAGGCCAGGCACGACCGCAGCAGCAGCGAUUUCUAAAGGCAGGAAGCAUCCGCAGGAGCGGGCUGUAAAGAAUCCGAGCCUGUGGAGUCGCUGGGUUGAAGCUCCCGCUGGCUGCCGGGCUCAUUCCCGUCUCGGGGGUGCUUGGUAGUGCAGUCACAUCAUCCUUGGCAGCGGGCAGCUCCUGAGCGCGCAGGGCUUCCCUGCCCAAGAUGCUCUUUGGAGCAGCAAUGCGGCAGACCCUGUGGCGUUUUCUGUCUAGCUUCUUUCCCAGGGCCGUAUGCCAAGGUCCUGCAGAUGAAAAAGAGGAUGAGGCCAGAAACACCACCCCACUUCCAGGCCCCGGGGAGAAAGGGCCAAAGAUGUUGGGGAAGCCACAGGACAGAGGGACUGAUCCCACUGAAAAGAGACCAACUAUCCUACUGGUGGUUGGACCCGCAGAGCAUUUUCCAAAGAAAAUUGUGAAGGCUGGAGACAAAGAUCUGGAUGGACAACUGGAUUUUGAGGAAUUCGUUCACUAUCUCCAAGAUCAUGAGAAGAAGCUGAGACUGGUCUUCAAGAGCUUGGAUAAGAAGAAUGAUGGCCGUAUUGAUGCCCAGGAGAUUGUGCAGUCCCUUCGGGACCUGGGAGUCAAGAUCUCUGAACAGCAGGCUGAGAAGAUCCUGAAGAGAAUAAGGACGGGACACUUCUGGGGUCCUGUCACCUACAUGGAUAAAAAUGGGACAAUGACAAUUGAUUGGAAUGAGUGGCGAGACUAUCACCUGCUGCACCCAGUGGAGAACAUUCCUGAAAUCAUCCUCUAUUGGAAGCACUCCACGAUCUUUGAUGUGGGAGAGAAUUUGACUGUCCCUGAUGAGUUCACAGUGGAAGAGAGGCAGACAGGGAUGUGGUGGAGACACCUGGUUGCAGGUGGAGGUGCAGGUGCCGUGUCCAGGACUUGUACAGCUCCCUUGGACCGCUUGAAAGUGCUCAUGCAGGUCCAUGCCUCCCGCAGUAACAACAUGUGCAUCAUUGGCGGCUUUACUCAAAUGAUCCGAGAGGGUGGACCAAGGUCACUGUGGCGAGGGAAUGGCAUCAAUGUGUUGAAGAUUGCACCCGAAUCUGCCAUUAAAUUCAUGGCCUAUGAGCAGAUUAAGAGGUUCAUUGGCACUGACCAAGAAAUGCUGAGGAUCCAUGAGCGGCUGUUAGCUGGUUCUCUGGCUGGGGCCAUUGCACAGAGCAGCAUCUACCCCAUGGAGGUUCUGAAAACAAGGAUGGCUCUAAGGAAGACAGGACAAUAUUCAGGCGUGUUGGAUUGUGCCAAAACCAUCCUUCGAAAGGAGGGAAUGGCUGCCUUCUACAAAGGCUACAUCCCCAACAUGCUGGGAAUCAUUCCAUAUGCUGGCAUUGACCUGGCAGUCUAUGAGACACUGAAAAAUGCCUGGUUACAACGCUAUGCUGUCAACAGCGCCGACCCCGGAGUCUUUGUUCUGCUGGCCUGUGGCACCAUCUCCAGUACCUGUGGGCAGCUGGCGAGCUACCCCCUGGCUCUCGUGAGGACACGCAUGCAGGCCCAAGCUUCGGUGGAGGGUGCUCCUGAAGUGACCAUGAGGGGACUGUUCAGACACAUUCUGAAGACAGAGGGAGCCUUUGGUCUUUACCGGGGUCUGGCACCGAACUUUAUGAAGGUGAUCCCAGCUGUAAGCAUCAGCUACGUGGUUUAUGAGAACUUGAAGAUGUCUCUGGGCGUGCAGUCACGGUGACCAGGAGAUGCUGAGGACCUUGAACUCUGAAGUCUUGGGGUGCAACCUCAAGACGUAUAGCCACCUCUCAUUCUGUGAAUGUGUUGACACUAAGCUGACUUAAGCAAAGCUGUGAAAUCUCAGAUAGUUUGUAAGUCAGUAAGGGGAGGGGGAGGAUCUGGUGGCCUUUGCCAUCUUGCUACUCUGUUCUACACCAAGUGCUCCUUUGUGUUGGGCCUUUUGGGAGACCAGGGGGGUGAACUCCUGGUUAAAUCUUAAGGCACGAGUUGCUGAGAUCAGUUCCCAGCAGCACGGCAGAGUAGCAAAGUUUGGGUAAAGGGUCUGCUUUCAGUGUACAGCGUGUGCAGAGCUGUUUGCCUGCAGAUGAGCACCUUCUGACUUGCUGAAAGAGCUUCUUUUUCCAUUCAGAGAGCUUCUUUUCCUUGUCCCAUUCAAUUGUUCAACUUCCUACCCGUGUUCAAAUCUGUACAAACCUCGUGUAGGAGCUGCUGCCACACCAGGCUUGUUGUUAUGUUUACAUAUAUCCCUUUGGGUAGGAGACAUUCAUGUUCUGCUUCCAAGACUUGACAUGAAAUGGAACUUUGAACUGUACUGGUUUUGAGGGCUGGUGGGCAGUGGUUUAUCUGGUCAGGCUGAAGGCUAUUUAGACCAGCCUGAUGAAGAAUUAAAGUUAUUUAUUUUUGAUAGGCUUAAGUGUGUCUCAUAAAUCCACUAACAAGAUGCACUUACUAACAGAAGCAGCAGACUAGAGCCUGCAUGCCUGUAUCCUUUGCAUGCCGGGAUUGGCUUGUCUUAUACUCAGCAGGGGCUUGGAAAAGGGGAGGCAGGAGAGCCCUGGAUGGACUGGCACCUUGAUGCAUGGCUUUAGUGAACAAAACCCACUGUAUCACAGCUCCUGCGCAGUCCUGCUCCCAGCACAAUGUGAGAGCUUCUGCGUGGUGUUGCAUGGACCUUUGAAUUCCAUUCUGCCUGGUGCCAAGGGUAGCUGGUGGACCUUUUCCAACCCCCGUGCCUACGCUGCUAUCUAUCUCUUUAGACCUCUUUGUAGAUUGAUGUUCGGGUUUGCGGUAGCAGGAUGGAGUCCCCAAGCCAGGAGGAUGGGUGCUGUUGGGGUGUUAGGGAAGAGGGGCUGGUUGUCACUGGGAGAGGUGGGCUUUGAGUCCUGAAGACAUUCUUGCUUUGCUUUCAAAGGGUGCUUUUCAUAAGGCUAAGGGAAAGACAUGGCUUUAAAAUUUCUCUGACUGCAUUAUGGGCUACUUUAGUCGAUAGGAUCCGGCUUGUGAGGCCUGGGGGAUCCUCAUCCAACUUUUCACUUUGGGCAAAAAAGAAAGGACCAGCGUUGCAUUCCACUGUUUUACUGCUUAAAGCAUAUUUAUUUUGUAUUUAUUUGAACAGAGUUAUGUCAGACUAUUUUUAUAGACUUGUUUGAAUAUUGUUACUGUGCUCGUAGUUCUGGUUUAGGAAGUUCUCUCUUUGUUCUCUCACAUCACACAGCUGAGUCGUGGGCAGGGAUGCUGAAGCACCUUCCUCUUGGGGCUUGAGCUGCCUUUCCCACGUCUGGGGUUGUUGCUAGAGGACCUCAGCCCAGAGAAAUUCUGUAGCAAGAAGCCAUAGGAGAGAAGGGAGUAGUUGGGAAGCAGAACCUUGGGAGGAGGGAGAGGGUGCACUGUGAGGCUUGCCUUACGUUGGAAUUGCCUCCGUGCAUGGCGGAGAGGCCGGUGGGUGGAUGGCUGGAGAUGGGAAGUAGAAGGUCUGUGUAUGUUGGAUGUCACAGUGGAUAAUUGAGAGCAAUCCUGGGGAAAUCUAAGGGAAAAGGGGGGAGGGAAGAAAUCUCAGGGACUAAACCCACAAGUUUCCAGAUUGAUGGCAGGAAACUUGCGCUUGGGCACAAGCUGCUUUGAGGCUGGAUCAGCAGAGCCUGCUGCUGGGGCAGUGCUCUUCAUAGGCAAGCGGGCACUGUGGAAACCAGACAAGGAUGCACUAGCACUUAGCAGCUGCUUUUAUGCCGACAGCUUUGGUGGUUCAUGGAGAGCCUCCCAGGUAAGGCUCUGCCAUGGCUAGCCAGUGCUGUGAGCAGUUAGCCACAUGGAAACCUAAAUCAAUCUGGAUUAGUGAUGUGAUUUUUUUCCACCCCCCUCCUCUUCUUGAGACCUGUCAUAAAUUCUGCAGUGGCUCCUUCCUACCGGUGUGGCCUAAUGGGAAUAUGAAUAUCAGAAUGCAAAAAUCAAUGCAAAAUGACAACCAUCUUUGUAGCUGUAACCACAGAUUGUUAUAAUACAAAUCUAACUUGGAUUCUUCACGUAGGGAGCAGUCUGCUAAUAAAGGUCUGUCAAAGAGA